AUCUUGUGUUGUUUUGUUUUCCCUCAUCAGUGUUUUCACUUUUCAGUGUUUUUACUGUUAUAGAAAGAAAAACCAUAAAAUUAAUUUUAUUCAAUACUUGCUUGGUACUAUUCGUAAUGAACCUGAUUGCUGCCGAUAAUUGUAAAAUCAGCAAAAUCUGUUAAAAUAUUGUAGAAUUCCAAGUGAAUAACCUGUCUAAGAAGAUAUAAUAAGGUUAAAAAAAUGAAGAACGAAACCUUGGAUGACGAGGAUUUGGACAUUUUUACGUUUAUUUGCAAAUUAAGGCAGGAAAAACUGUUUAUAAAAAGUGAAAAACUGGACAUCCAGGAGUUAAAUGAGCUGAUAAAGAGUAAAACUCAGUCAGUGAUCAAGGCUUCGUGGCUUACCAAUAAACAAAGGCUCCUGUUGUUUGAAAGGAAAGUCUCUAGUCAAAACUGCCAGCAGUUUGAUUUUAUUCACAAUUCGGAGUUUGUUGAAGCUAAAAAUACUCUUGGAUUUCAGAAUGCUGUAAAAAUUUCUAACCUACUACAUAUCUUGCGGUCGCAACCCAAACAGCUUGCUAACUGGCUGAUUACAGGCGAAACAAUUUCUGAUGAAAGCAUUAAAUAUUCCUUGAUUUUACAAAGUGUGCUAGGUGGACUUUAUGGAGGUUGCAUAUUUGCAGAUGAUACUAAACUUAUGUUGACUUUGUUGCAUGAGUUAGCCAGAAAGCAGAUCUUAAAAAGUGAUAAUCCUAGAAGGACUAUUAAACACAAAUCGUGUUCAUUUCGUCACCUAUAUUUCCUCUUUCAUGAGAUUUAUCAGCCAGCAAAGUACUUUUUAAGUGCUGCAUUGGAAAUUCCUAUUCUAGAAGUACUUUCUUUUUCCGAUUUUUUUUUGGACAUUGAUCAUGACCAGAGCAUUAAUAGAUUUAGGCAAGACGACAAUCUAAAAAUGUAUAAAGAUGCCGUAGAAUAUAGAAACGACGUCGUUUCGAAACUUGCCCAGUUUACUAAAAGCUUUAUUCAGUCAUUAUUAGAAAACGUAUGCAGUUUUCCUAAGGCAAUGGCUUGGAUCUCUUGCCAUAUUUAUAAAAUGAUUGAAAAGAAUUUUUGUGCCAAGGAGGCCAACGCAAUUACCACAGAGCUCCUAUUAAACCUUUUCAUUUGCCCAGUAAUCGUCGAUCCCGAGCAAUACGGCAUUUCCCAUUGCACAAUUAGCGAAAUUGCACGGCAUAAUUUGAGUCAGAUAGGAAAAAUUCUCCAGAUUCUAGCUUUACAUAAAUUCGAGCAUAUCGACAAGAAAUAUAUGGAUAUAUUUAAUAGUAUCGAUAAAAACAGCAUGGGUUAUUUUCUGGAAUCGAUCUUUUUUGAUAUGGAGGGCAACGAGGCUCCUGUAGAGACGUCUCCACAUGUUGUUAGAGAUAUUAUGUUGUUUACUGAAGAGGAAUUAAACAAUUUGAUCUGUUUUCUGCAAAAAGUCCAAAUGAUGCGAAUAGAGAAUGAUAAUUUUGAAAAAAAUCCUGCAGUUAGUGUUUCUAUUGAAGAACAUCUUUCAUCAUUAACAGUUUCUUCUAGGGACAAUUCGCCCAAAUCCUCUAGAACCAACGGAGACACAUCUGUUAAUAACAUUGGCAAAAAAACACCAUUUUUUUCUUUAGGAUCAUUAGGUACGCCAAAAAGCAAUCAUCGUCGCUCCAACGAUCUUGAGGACACAAAACAGAGUACAACUAUUACAAAGAACACAGUUAUAGUAUUCCCAAUAGAUGGCGUCAUAUCUGAACCAGUGGGGCUUUUACCGGAAGAUAAGGUGAUAGAUUUAAGUGUUCCAGUCAAAAACGACAGCGGAGUUUUCGAAGCGCCCUCAGAUCUCGGCAAGGAAAACUUGUUGGAGGAGGCUGGAACUCCUACUAAUGCCAUAAAGGGAGGAUAUUCAGGAUACACUGACGAAGGGUCUAUAGGUAAUACAUCAGACAAUCUUGAAGCGAUAUCAGAAAAUGCCAGCAAUCAUUCGGUAGCGAGUAGCUUAGAGUUAGAAAACGAGGAUCAGAAUGAUAAUUUAUCCGAUAUGGUGUCGGCUAAUGUGUCUGGGCGCGGAACACCGAAUAUCAGCGGGAGGGAUACACCCAGUAGUCAAGUAAACGAAAACGAUGAAAGAGUAAACGUCGACCAGCAACGGCAAGAAGAUAACAUUGAUGCAGGCGGAGCUCAGGUACAAAUGCAACAUCCACAACCGCCACCGGCGAACAUUUCUCGUCAGCGACGCUCUGAAAUCGACGAUAAGUUUUGCAAAUUUGAGAUUAAACGGCUUCUAGAAGGAGACGAAACCGUUUCCAUUAUUUCGGAAACUUGGAGUACCGAUGUGCUCGCUUCGGACAACGAAACUGUAGCAGACGGAGAGUCUAGGAUGGAACGUCCCCACUUGCAGCUCGUCGACCAGGCUAUACAAGAAGUACCUUUGGCCGAAAGUGUUCUUGAUAUCUCAGAGACGCAAAGCGAGGGAGCCUGGUCAACCGAUGUGAUGACGUCAGACACAGAGCGUUUGACGGAAGUGGACAAUGAUGACGUGGCGAGCGUCGCACAGUCCGACGAUACGCGAUCGGAAACAGAUGAAGCGACAAGUGCGCGUCGCUUAAGUUCUUGUUCGAGUUCUUAUGGUGGGGUGGCGGCCGCUGCACCAAAUUAUGUUGCUAAUGUUUCUGUCGCUAGUACCAGUUAUGUCAAUGUUAGUGUUAACAGCCCGAGUUACGUAGCAACUUCAUCUACCACGACCUAUAUAUCAAGCAGUUCUAGCGGUAAUGGCACAUUUAAAACCCCGACCGAACCGAAUUUUGUGACCGUUAAUCAAAGCUACGUAACCAGCGCUUCGUUUCAUGAGUUCAAAAAACGCGAGACCAGAGUAAACGGCAAAAUUACUUCGGAAGUCGAUAGCAAUGCGAAUAGUCUGUUUAAAUUCGUUGGGCACGGAGUGUCCCAAGCCACGCAAACUGCCGUGUCGUUUAGUAAUGUGACCACAAAUGCUGCCGGGGGAACUGCAUCUGUUCCUAAAUCACAGAUGACUCCGAAUGUUAACGGAAUGGCUGGCCCAAGUGGUGCCAAUGGAAAAUCCACUGCUUUAGAAGGAGAACCUGAACAAACAUUCAUGAAACAAAAUUCCACCAAUAAAAAGUAUGGUGACAGACCGACUGAAAUAAUCCUCAGCAACUGUAGCCUUAAUUCAAGUUCCAGUGGCAGCUCCAGUAACAGUUUCGAAAACAAAGUCUCGGUGACCCAAAGUUCCGAUCAGUGGGAGCCUAAACCGUGGCUCACCAGUUCUGGGAGCAGCUUAAACGUCACAUUGACACCGUCAGAAAGCACCUCGGAAUUAUCUGUUUUGAGUGUGACUAAUAUGCCGAAUAACUUGAGCACUAGCACGGUAACUAAUCCGAUAGGGGCCAUUAAGAAGACCACCACAGUUUUGAACAGGAGUUUAAAACCCUCUGCUUCUACUGGUGCUAUACCUAAAAGUAUUAGUUUUGAUAUGAGUGUGGAUAAAGGAUUGGAUGAUGAUACUAGAUCGAAACGGGGCGGAUUUUUCGGCCGACUAAGAAAGGGAUUUGGUAAAAAACGUUCCUUUAGAAAUCAAGAGGACGUACGGAACGGAGAAGGUGAUGAUUAUUCAUCCAGAGGACUUGUGGGAGAUUCUCCUCUAAAAACAAACUCGAAUAAUGUGGCAGAUUCAUCGGACGACAUUUUGGCGAAAUACCGGAAACCACAGUUCGCAGAAUCGAGCCCGGCAAAAGAGAACGGUACCGCAAAAAAGCAUACGAAAAAUCAUAAUAGCGAAAGCCUCAACCCCGAUACCAAUUCAUUUACCGAUAUUAAGAAGAAGCUGCGUCUUGUAUUGGGACAUACGUCUGAAAUUCCUUAUUAUAUCAAGCAAAAUCCAUGCAGCAUUAAAACAAAACUCGAGACCGUUUUGCGAUUGGAAUGGGGCAAAGCUCGAAAAUUGCGCGAAUGGAGCGCAGCCGCCCAAAUUGCCGAGGCGUUACGGUGUGUGCAGCUGCUCGAUGAAAGACGGUGUUUGAAGCUGUUCGAGUCGUUAAGGGCGGACCUGCAGGUGCGCGCUUCUUACCUUCGAUAUUUGGUGGCUAGCAAGCAGGAUUUGCUGUUUACGGAAAUGUACCUAAAUACUCUACACGAACAAAUCAAACACGAUCGCUACCAGUGCGAAAUAUACUUUGCGGCGGUGUGUGUACGGGAAUUCCUAGGCGAACGCGAACAUUUGAUUAACGAUUUCUGCGAGGACUUUAGGCACUUGAAUUUGGCCGACGAAAAAUGCGUUUUCUUGCAGAAUUUUUGCCGUAAACUGUUCGAAGCGAUGAAUGAAAUCAAAUAUUUACAAGAUCUGCUGCACAAACGAGGAAAACUGAUCAAAGCUACUCUGGAGAGGUAUAUCAUCAGUAGGGUAUACUACAACGCUAUAUACCCUAAUGGUGACGGAGAUAGACAUAGAGACAAAGUACUUUAUGAUCAUAUUGCCACCCUAUCGAAAACCCUUCGUCCAGGCCACAAAGACCUGCUAAUUCCGCCGGUUUUCUUGCGCGAGAGUCCAUGGCUACCGGCGCAAGAAGCAUUACGCGCCCUUGAUGCGGCGCGGGCGCCACGUGACAAAUUACGCUGCGUGUUGCGCUGCGCAAAAUGCCUCGUCGAUCUGCUCGGUCUCUCUGGUUCGUGCGCCGCCGCCGACGAUAUUACGCCGGUGCUCGUGUAUGUGAUAAUUAAGGUCAAUCCCGAAGCUCUAUUGUCCACAAUCCAGUUCGUUAACAGUUUCCAUGCGGGAGAAAUCCGCGGGGAGGAUGAAUACUGGUGGACCCAAUUCUGUUCCGCCGUCGAAUACAUAAAAACGAUGGAUUAUUCCGAUUGAUUUUAUCCCUACCUGCUGUAGUCGGCGGGGACAUGAGGUGAUCCACACGCUGUUUUAAAGUUUUAGAUCUACUUUAUUUUGUCGACAGCUUGAUGUUCCUAAAGUUUAGAUUUCUUCCCUUUUUUUUUGUGUGUAUAUUGGUCGGCAGGUAAGCAAACGAGCAAACUGUUUUUUUAACUUUUGUUGCUAUUGAAACGUAUUUAAGGUAUUUAUUUUUAGUUUACGUUUUAGCACGUGUUUUACGCGGUUAAGUAUAAUGAUAUUAGUACGUUCUAAAGUGGAUUCUAGAAUUUUAAAAGUGCAAAACGAUCUGUAAUGAUUGUACGAAAGUGAAAGUAUAUAAUAAUAUAUUAUUUUAUUUAUGUAUUUUUAUUAACAUUGUUAGAAUAGAAGAGCAUUUAUAUUAUAUUUUAAAUAAAAAAGUCUAUUAAUUUAGUAAAACAUUAAUAAAUAUA